ACAACACAGUCGAGUUUCAGCGACGCGUUGGCCAAGUUGUUUUGCUGCUCUGAAGAGUCACAGCAGCCAAAGCAGCUAAACACAGAUAUAGCUAUAUAUAUACGCAUAUAUACUUGUAUUUACUUAUAUGUUCGCUGUUAAAUUGUUGAAACCGUUUAUCAGAGUGCGCUGGACUAAUACAAUUAAUUAUUAACGAACGCACACAAAUAAGGAAAUUGCUUUUUGAGCUCAACUCAAACGUUUCAAACGGCAUGCCGCGUUCCUACGAGCGCCGUUAGAGCAUAUUGCGCAUACGACACGUCGAGCGCAGGAAUAAGCAAACAUAUUGUUGCGAAAAAAUUUGCGUGCAGCUAUUCAAAAGCCAUAAAUUAUUUUCGUACACAUUGCUUAGCAUUGUAUCCGACCGUCUCUAACUGUGUUCGAGUGAGUAAAAGCGUGCGUGUGUGUGUGUGCGUUUGACACAUUGUAAAUAAACGCAAAUAACGGCGUAAUGGAUAUUGUCAUACGCGAGGAGGAGCUGUCGCUGACGCAGAUUGGCAUCUACGCCUCCGUUUCCUUUCUGGUGGUAUCUGCUGUCGGCGCAGCCCUCUACACCACCUGCUCGCGACGCUAUCGCCUGAACUGGUUCGAGCAAAAUCUGCUCGAGUCGGCCAGCGAGAAGGAUGAGGAGCAGCAGAGCCGAGAGGCGUUGGUGGCUGGCACCGUGGGCUACAACGUGGACAAUUUGAACGAGUGUGUGGCACGAGGCAAAUUGGCCUCAAGCAACGGGGGUAACAUGAGUCCCACGUCGCUCAAGUCGGAAGAUGCCGAUCCGGCCUUUUGGGUGCCCGCCUCGGUGACUUCGUCAACGGCAGCCGUGCAGCAGCAGGUCUCCAAUACCACCGAGGACUCGGCCCCGCCCACGCCCACCUCGCCCACUGGCAGCCUCAAAUCGAACACCCUGUCCUACUGCUCGAGCACAUCGGUGCCCAUUGCUCGCUCCGACAAGCAUGUCGUCCUGGCCAUGCAUCCCAGUCGCCCACGCGUCUCCUCCAUGAACGCCAAACUGGAUCAUACCAAAAUCGAUAUGACCCUGUACCGCAGCCAGCACGCCCAGCCAAAAACCGUUUGCCCCUCGGCCACCGGGAAUGAGGUGCGAGGCAAUUUACAUGUCUGCCUCAGCUACGAUCCGGUUGGGGGUUUGCUCAACGUGCGCCUGCUCGAGGCACAGAACUUACAGCCCCGACAAUUCAGCGGAACGGCUGAUCCCUAUGCCAAGAUACGUUUGCUUCCCGACAAGAAGAACUUCUGGCAAACGCGCAUACAUAAGAAGACAUUGAAUCCAGUUUUUGAUGAGAACUUCGUCUUUGAAGUAUCCGCCGGGGUCAUUGACAAGCGCACAGUGGAGAUCUUGUUAUACGAUUUCGAUGCGUAUUCCCGUCAUGUUUGCAUUGGUGGCACUAAAUUGCAUUUGGCCCAAUUGGAUCUGAGCGAACAACUGAAAUUGUGGACGCCGCUAACCUCGGCCUCGGCACAAGAUAUGAAAAUGGAUCUGGGCGAUAUAAUGGUGUCGCUCGCCUAUUUACCAUCCGCCGAGCGCUUGAUGGUAGUGUUGAUCAAGGCUAGAAACUUACGCAUUGUGGACGAUGCACGAAACUCUUCGGAUCCGUAUGUAAAGGUCUCUCUCCUGGGUCCCGGUGGCAAGAAGUUGAAAAAACGCAAGACAGGAGUGCAGCGCAAUACCGUUAAUCCGGUAUAUAAUGAAGCUUUGGCCUUCGAUGUGGGCAAGGAGACGCUCAAGAAUUGUGUCCUCGAGUUCAAUGUGGUGCACGACGGCUUGCUGGGCUCGAGCGAAAUAUUGGGUCGUGCUUUGAUUGGCAACUCCCCUGAGGUGCAGCACGAAGAGAAGAUAUUCUUCGAGGAAAUGUUUCGGGCCAAGAACGCAACAGCUCAGUGGGUGCCGCUGCAGGAACCAACCGCAAACAACUUGGGUGCCACAGCCAAGGCAACAACCAAAAAUUAGUGCCCACACAGCGCGAGCUUUCGCUGUUAACAGAAAUCUGUUAAAGGAACAGAAGGAACUUCAUCUGCAGGGAAUUCAAAGUGGCUAAGAAAUUCUAGGGGAAUUUGCAGGGAUACAUUUAAGACAGACGCAGAGCGGGAUUGCAAAAAAAAAAAAAAUAAAUAAAUAAAUAAAUAAAU